GGGCCUAUCCGCUGCGCUUUGUCCACAGGGUAGUUGCGUGCAGCUUUCAAGGGUGGGUGUGAGAAAUUGCUCUUUGCUUUCAAAAGAAGGCGUUUGCUUGGGCUUUAUAUCCAGUCUUCAGAGAGGUGAUUAUUCUUCUAGUGCUGGAGCCCCGUUCCGUAGUUAUCUUAGGUGCGGUGCAAAAGGUAGAUUUGGCCCAACAGCUCUAAUCCGGUUUUUAAGUCUUGUUUAAAACUUUUCUCAGAGCCGCCCCCGCCCUCGCCGAAACUUCGCAUCUAUAAGGGGCGGGGUGGUUCCCCGAAGGCGGGGAACGCCGAGUUCUGCUAGCCUGCUACUUGAGAGACCCAGGUGUGUCCCGGCGCGGUGACCCACUUCUGGGAGUUGACGUUUUUUUUUCAGUUUGCUUGAAGGUAGGGUUUCUGAGCCUAGGCAUUACUGACAUUUGGGACCAGACAAUUCGGGGGGGGGGGGGGCUCUGUCCCAUGCUGCUGUAGGAUGAUUAAUCUGCAUCACCCGCUUUCCUCCACUUAUAACAACCAAAAAUGUCUCCAGACUGCCAAACGCUCGCCCCUGGGGAAAAGCGACCGGCUUGAGAACCAAAGUUUAGGAGAUAAUCUGGGUCUGAGGAAGUGACCCUUUUCACAGCCGGAGGCAAUGGUGUCAGCUAAGAGAAUGACUUGUGGCUGGGAUCGUCCCUUCCAAGAAGCUCUCGGUCGCAUUCUAGCGUCUCGGUGGAGUCGAUGGUGGUUCAAGAGUCAGCCCGCCCCGGAGAAGAGGCAGGUCACAGUCUCGUUUCUGAAGGCGCCAGAAGAGAAACUACAGGCGCCGCUCGCUAUUCUGCUGGAGGUACCUUUCUCAGGAAAGGUCGUAUUACAGAAGGGCCUCUUUGAUCACGAGCAGGCGAUAGCACUAGGUCUUUUACCCUGUGGUGUAUCCGAAAGAACAGAGCACCUGGAGGGAGAGAUCCAGGAAGAGGUCGCGGAGCAGAACCCGGUUUCACGAAGUGAGUUUUCGGGAAGGGGUUCUCGAAGACAAAAUAACUCCGAAGCCACCGACCGAGAUGUCCAACUACGUGAACGAUCUGUGGCCAGGCUCGCCUCACAAGGCCUCCCCUUCGUCGUCGCGGUCGGGCGGGUCCAGCCGCCCGUCCUCGGCGUCCGGGAGCCGCUCUCCGUCCCGGUCCAGCGUCUCGAGCCGGAUGUGGUCCCGGAACCGCAGCCGGAGCCCAUCCCGGCGAAGGAGCCGGUCGGGGUCGCGCUCUCGAAGGCGCCACCAGAGGAGAUACCGGCGCUACUCGAGGUCCUACUCGCGCAGCCACUCGCGGUCCCGCAGCCGCCGGUUCCGAGAGAGGCGCUACGGAUCCUCCAGGAGGCCCGACCGCUCCCGCAGCCGCUCCCGCAGCCGCUCCCGCAGCCGCUCCCGCAGCCGCUCCCGCGGCCGCUCGUAUUACCCGAGGGCCUACACCAUCGCACGGGGCCGCCGCUACUAUGGCUUCGGCCGCACCGAGCACCGCAGAAGCUGGAGAAGCCGAUCCCGGACCAGGUCUCGGAGCCCAACCCCCUUUCGUUUGAGUGAAAAAGAUCGGAUGGAGCUGUUAGAAAUAGCAAAAGCCAAUGCAGCGAAAGCUUUAGGAACAACCAACUUCGACUUGCCAGCUAGUCUCAGAACUGUUUCUGUAUUUAAAGAAACAAACUCUGGAACAGCUGUCCUGAACGGUGCAAAG